AACAACGGGCUCGACCCUUUGUUAUCGCAAGGCACCCUAUCGUAUCCACCCGUUCCUGUCCCCAACAACAACGUUAUUCAUCACAAACCGUGUCCCUCUUCACGUCGCAUUAAUAACCGGACGAUUGGACUGCCUGCCGCCUAAGCGCCGUCAUCUCCAGCUUGAAUCUCCAUUGUUUUGAUUGUCGACAUUCACUCUUCUUUCCCUAUCGCCACGACGACACCUCCGCAACUGCCCCGGACUGUGAAAGAGAAAGCCGCCAUCAUCAUGGAGCGCACCCCCUCUCCUAGUCGCCGCGUGCACACGCCGCCCGGGCCACUUCACGGUGAUAACUGGCAGCCCUUCUCACCGCGCCGGUCCAGCAGAGUCGCGCAAAGAAGCCUUCACCACGAGCAAACAAUAGCACGCACCAGGCGCGACGUGACCCCCACUUCGACUGCAAAACACGUCGCUCGAGCGCUCGCCUUCGACCUCUCCCCCCCGACCUCACCUGUCUCUCCACCCAAACACCGCACUCCCCGCUCAGUGCGACGCGCGCAUCACGAACCAGCCCCAUUUGAUUCGGACUCUGAUCACGCCGCACCAACACCUGCUAGACGCUUUCUAUCGACCAUGGCGCCCGGCAUGCUACCUACUCCAGCCAAGACUCCCCGUAAGCGGACCCUGCAGGCAGAGGAUUCACUGGGUCAAACUGCGCGUGUUCUGUUUCCGAAUCGCCCCGCCACUAUCGAUGAGGUUAUGCCAACUCCGCGCAAGUCGCGCAAACUCAUGAAGAACUUCUCCACCCUCGAGAGCUUCGCUCAGGACCAGGACAAGAGCUCUGAAAAGAUCGAAAUCUUCACCGACUCCAAAGAGCGUGUUCCUAUCAAGGACGACAGCGAAGAGAACCCGUUCGUCGUCAAGAAGAGCAAGCGAAAGGCAAAAGCAAAGACGACCCCGCAGAAAUCCCGCAGGCUUGACCAGAGAACGCAGAAGAUGAACGAUGCCGUCGAUCGCGAUGCAGGAAUGGUCUACAUCUUCCGUGGAAGGAAGAUCUUCCGCAAGUUCCACAGCGGUCCGCCAUCAAAUGCGUCAGAGGCAGAGGACGACACUGAAGACGGCGAAGACGUCGAGGAUGACAUGCAUCAACAAGUGAAACGCUCCGCCGGUCACGAGGCUCACCGUCCCCUUACUCGCUCAUCCAUCAAGCCCCGCCUUCUCUUCCAGAAGGAGAUUGAGCAGCGAAAGCGUGAGAACGGCGAAGACGACGACGACGAAGAGGCAGACACCGAUAUCGAAGUAUCUGUCUCGACGCCGAGCCGACGCAAGGGCAAGAGCGUGGUGCACCUCACGCAACCGAUCCAAGAAGCUUCGCCGCCGCCCACCGUCCGCAAACCCAAGCGAGAAAUCUCUUUCGACUCUUGGUCGCGCGUCAAGUCCGCUCACAGCUCUAGCAGCUCUGCGCAUGGGUCCAAGAAGCGCUCUGGCGAACCUCUUGAGCGGGACACCGACAAGCGACUUCGCAGCGAGCACUUCAUCUCUUAGAUCUUGUCCGACAGCAGCAUUCUGGUUGUUGCGUAUCUUCACCAGGCUUUUGCAUAGCAGUAGGAGGCAGUCCACCUCAAUGCUACCUACCCUCCACACCAAAGGAAGGGCAUUUUGAUUAGCGAAACAACUGGCGUUUUUGAUCUUUUUGAGUUUUAAGCGAUAGGGAAUACCCACGACCACAUGGUGCACUUGUAAUCGAAGGGCUGUCGGCGGGGCGUCUUGGUGUUGCUUGUCAUACCAAAUACUUGCUUAGCUGGCUACUCUUCUGGGAUGCGCAUGGAUUGCGCUUAUUGUAGGUCUUGGGGCUGGGGAGUGGAUCAUAAUUAGCCGUGGUAGUAGGGGUGUUGGGAUGCAGUGGAUACGUGCUGUGUGCGUUGUCAACAGUGUGAUGUAUAUCUGCUAGCAGGUAGGUAUAGGGAGGAGGGGGUACGAGUAGAUAGAUAAUCAAUCAAACA